AAUCGACGCAAAUCAACUCAAAUACGCGUAUCCCGUCUUCAUGAAUGUUCACAUGAGAACGCAUCCUUCAGCUUCCCGCCCAUGACACUUUUUACAUGCUCUCCGCCAUAACACUUUCAAGUCCAUGCUUUUUUUUACUGAAACUGAAAAAGGAUAUUUAUGCAUCGAUGAAAUAGCGAAUAUAUAGUGGCUGAGUAUUUUCAUGGACACAUUAAAUAUUACACAAAUAGCAAAGUGUAGGCCUAUUUAUUCGCUUCAAUGAAAGUCUUUGGCAAAAUUCAUUAAAUAUCUAUUAUGCUUCAUUUUUGUGAAAUGAACAGUUCAUCAAUUAUAAUUAAUCAACAAUGAUUGGAGGUGGGACGUAACUAUAUAAGCGUGCUAGGUUUUAUUGAGCCUAACCUGAGUCAUGUAAUUACUUGCAUUCAUACAACAUACAAAAUCGGAAAGUUUUUCGAGUAAUUAAUAAACAUGACAGAUUCCUUGGCUAAGAGUUUUGCUUCAGAGGAGUUCAAUCACGACAAAUUUGUUAAAGAACUGAGUGCUCAGUGUGUGGGUGCUGAUGAGCUUCGCAAACAAAGAGCGCGAAUUCAAGAAUUGGCUGAUGAUACAUCAGCUCAAUUGAAGCGAAAUGUUUACCAGAAUUAUAUGCAGUUUAUUGAGACGGCCAAAGAGAUAUCCCAUCUCGAGAGCGAGAUGUAUCAGUUGUCUCAACUAUUGGGAGAACAGAGAUCACUUUUGAGCACAUUGGGAUCCAGCAGAACUACCACUGGUCCCAUUUUUGAUGAUACACUCGGAUAUCAUCAGGAAAAUGAAAAUACGAUUGUAUCUAAGGAGGAGGAGCAGAAACUGAAAUUGUUACAGCUACUUGAGAAUGUUGAAGGUGCAAUGAGUCUGGUGGAAACUCCCGGACGUAUUUGCCACCAUGAGGGAUCUCUUCUGGAGCUUGAUCCACUCGAUGGCACACCAUUGAAACGAAUCCAUGCAUAUCUCUUCAAUGAUGUUCUCAUGAUUGCUUCAUGGUUGGCAACAGGGGGUCGCCGAGGCCCUCCUCGCUACAAAAUGCAGACAGUAUACAAUCUUCAAAGCCUUGCAAUUGUCAACGUUCGGGACCUGGGCUCCGUAAAGUUGGCCUUUAAACUUCUCGCUUUUCCCGAUACCAGAGUCUUCCAGUGUCCGACAGCUACCAGCAAAAAGGAAUGGCUCGAAAAAUGUGAGCAUACGAAACGUGCUCGUCUUACCCAGGAAAACCACAAAUCGGAAUCAGAUGUCCAAGAGCCAGUCAAGGACACCACCAUUGUUCCUUCCAGGUCUCUCUCUCUAGAUUCCAACACUCCAAUUGACGAUGGAGAUGCACCUGAGAGCCUAGAAUCCCUUCCUGAUUGGCUGCUUGAGGUCACAGAGGAUCUUGACUCUUGCAUGGCUCAACGGCAUUUCGAUGAAGCCUAUACUCUUCUAGAAAAAGCAAAAAAUUUCCUCCAAGAGUCACAGCCAACCCAAGCCAUUGUCCAAAUCACGACUAAGAUUGAAGAACGUGGAGUUCGUCUAGUAGAUGUGCUUACACGAGAGCUAGAACUCAGUGCUGAAGCUAGAUCUUUACAGGGGGGUGGACUGAGAUCAGCACGACGUGCAGUUAGGCUUCUCAUCCAACUCGAUAGAAGUGUUCAAGCCUGUCAGUUAUAUCUUCAACUUUGUAACGUAGCAUUAAAAGCUAGAUUGAAACGGGUUAAACGAGAGGGAGCAACAAUUCCCUACGUCAAACAACUCAGUGCAAUAGCCUUUAGCAAUAUCGUGGAGAUGGCGAGGGAAUUUCUCAAGCUAUUCCCUGAAGCGACCAACUGCACAUCGAGUCUCAUUGUAUGGUCCAGCCAGGAGGUCAAACAUUUGACAUCACAUUUGAUUAAACAAUUGUUUAUUCCUCAAGUUACCCUUGGUACUCUUGUUGAAUGCAUUGGAGUUGUAAGAAGUCACUGCGAUCAGCUGAUCCAAUUGGGAAUAGAUCUUAGAUAUCAGCUUGAUGGACAACUGAGAGUUCCCCUUGCCAGAGCCCUGCAGGAUGCUGGGGAGAAGUAUCUUGAUGCUGUUAAAGUUAGAGCUGGAGAGGACAGUUGGAGACCUUCUAAUCUUCACAACUACCCGAGCCUCCAAAAACUGAUGUGUGAGCUGGAUGAUAUGGGAAUUCCUGUGCUCAAGGGCUGCCUUACUGGUGACUACUGGUUGUCGUUAACAAGCAAUACCAUUGCCUUCGCCAAGUUGUAUGUGAGCUUGUUACAAGAUUGCCUUAGUGUUGCUAUUCCUGAAUUGAUUUAUACCAUUGAUAAUGUUCUGGUUCUGGUGAUGAAGGCCCAAGUACAACAUCUAGUGACUUCAUUGAAUAAUAUGAAAUUUAAACAGGAGAGGAAAUUAAUUCAGGAUAAUGCUAUCUACGUUCGUGAUGUGAUUAUUGAACGAGGUCUGGAGCUUUAUAAUAGUACAACGGGGCAAGAUUUUAAAAAGCUUAUUGAGUUGAAACAACAAAUUGUCUUUGAUCCGAUUCCUGCUAAUAAACCAAAGCCAACGCCGAGAACCUCUGUUACAAAGUAUUCAAUUACGGAAUACUUAUAAUUAUUAAUUUGUAUAUUAUCAAUUGUUGUAAAUAACCUUAAAUUAUAAUUCAAUUAAUUAUCGUUAUUAAUAAAUUCCAGGGGAAGUAUUUGUGCAGGGUAAUGGUUUUUUGGAAAUACAAUCUACUUAUAAAUAUGUA